UUGUAAUGUCAAUACAAGCCUCGACAUCGAGUGACAUUAAACUGUGUCACAUGAAGUUUGAUUCAUCUCUCCAAAGUUUUCUUGCUUACAGCUGAAGGAAUCAAAUAAUGGCCAGCAAUGUUUGUGUGGCAGUCAUCGUCGCCACCCUCCUGUCUACAGCCGUAGCCGAGUGUACAGUGAGUGGGGAGAGACUCAACGAAGGACAGACGAAGGUCGACCCGGGGAACAAGUGCACGAGGUACAACUGUAGCGAGGGAGAGAUGGUUAUAAUAGAGGAUGGCUGUCUGUACCAAGACAAGUGCUACGAGGUCUACACGCAGCACCAGGUCGACUGUAUGACCUUCAGAUGCGACAAGUUCACUGAGGGUUUCUUAACCGUCUACGUCUUUGACUCACUCUCUGCCCGCUGUAUGGACGGCAACAAAACUUGCCACACACACGGCGACAAGUUUCCUGCCUCGAUUGACGGCACAUCAUACAAAGAGUGUACCUGUCUCAUGGAGGGCAACAUGGUCGACAUCUCCUUAUGUCAUAACUGACAUGUCACAACUGACAUGUCACAACUGACAUGUCACAACUGACAUGUCACAUCUGAGAUGUCACAACGGACAUGUCACAACUGACAUGUCACAUCUGACAUUUCACAACUGACAUGUCACAUCUGACAUGUCACGACUGACAUGUCACAUCUGACAUGUCACGACUGAUGUAGGAAACAGUUAAAGCUGUCUAGUAAGACAAGCGGUAGUCUAUUUUCUAAACGCUGAUUGUGUAUAAUAAAAAAAU